AAAAAAAAAAACGACAAAGAGAAACAGUUGAGCUGAACUAUAUAUACAAGGUGGUAGAAAAGCCCUAUAUAUCAUCCCAUCAUUUUAGUGUAAGUGAGAUCAGAACCUUUACAUGGCUACUCCUUCAAAGUUCCAAUUGUCCUUGAAUCUUCUUCUUUUCCUAGCUUUCAAUGCUUUCUCAACAUUUUCAUCUUCCUCUGUUUAUUCCAUUGAUCAACUCCAAUAUUGGUCCAAAAAUGUCCUCAAUACCAUGCCCACUUCCAUUGCCUCAAAACUUUCUCCACUUUCGAAACACGACUCUAAUUAUUUUGCAUCCUUCGUAUCAUCAAAACAAAGAUUCUCUUUUGAUUAUGCUAAAUUCUGCUACAAGGCUAGGUUAGCCUGCUCCACAACAACAAAUCAGACCCGUCAGACUUUAGAUAAUAUUAGAUACAGCCAGAUUAACUAUGGUAUCAAAGCACAAGCCUCAGAUGCAGUAGUGGCUGUCCCAAACUCUUUCUUUAGGCUCUCAAUCCUCCGAAAAGGGUACAAAAUACGUCUACCAAAUUUGAAUUCUCAAAUCCCUUUUCGUUCUUUUCUUCCUUAUCAAAUUGCCUCAAGGAUUUCCAUUACUAAUUCUACUGAUCUCGAAAAUUUUUUUCCGAACUCAUUUGCUUCAGCUGCCACAAAAGAAGCUAUAGAAACUAGCAUUCGGUAUUGCACCUCUCCCGGCUUAAAGGGUGAGGUAAAAUCCUGUUCCAGUUCUCUUAAGGAAAUGAUACAAUUCUCCAAGAAAUGUUUAAAUGAAAAGAAAUUAGUCGCGUUGACUAGCAAAAGCGCGAGAGGGUCGGAAGAAGAGCUUGAAAUUCAAAACAUCAAACAGUUUCGUGCCGAAAAAGUUGUGUCAUGUCAUGAAAUUUUCUUUCCCUUUGCGACCUACUAUUGUCACCUGCUGUCCUCCACUCGACUCUACGCCAUUGAUUUUGUUGAUCCGGCAACGGAAGCUCCGGUAAACAGGAUACUGGCAAUAUGUCACAUGGACACGUCGGAAUGGAAGGCAGAACAUGUGGCAUUUAAGAUUUUGAAAUUCUCUCCGGGACACAACGAAGCGUGCCACUGGUUCACUCAAAUGGAUCUUGUUUGGAUCGCAAAUUGAUGCUGAACUUUAAGUCUCUAAUUAAAUGUAUGGGAAACAAUUCCCAACUGGUUCUCCAACUCUGAUGAACUGAUCGUUCGACGAUCCACUUAUGGGUUUCUUGUGUAAUAAUUUUGUUUCCCUUCUAUUUAUGUUGUUUUUGUGUUUACUACACGUCAUGGAAAUGUUUGGUUUCAAUGUGUUGGCCAGUUUUUUCCAGUUAGGCUUUAAAGGAUUUGGUAAGGAUUUGGGCUAGAUUAGGCGAAGUGGAAGGCCACGAAUCAGGUUUUUAGUAGGCCCAACGCCCGACGUGAGGAAAAAAGCCUAGUUAGUGUUGUAUUAGAAUUGUGAACCGACUGGGGUUUGAGCACUAUUUAAGAGAUCGACGGUAGGAGGAAGGACACGAUCAAAAUAGCAUCAAAUUGCUUCUUCUAAUUUUCAGUCUUUUAUUUCCGAUUUCAUCUCUAAAGCUAGGGUUCUGUGAGAACUCCUUGAAUUAGGCCGAUUAUCGGAGGUUGUACUUAUUCCUCAAAGAUUAUAAUAAAAUCUGGCCUUUAGCCGAUUCUUAUUUCCCGAAA